CGCUUCGCUUUCAAAAUACGAUACGAGAAGUGAUAUUCGACCGUUGAUACUUGAAAGCCCUCUUCGUAACUCUACUAGCCUACUACUCUCUUCAACGGUCUUCUUCUCUAAACCUUUGCUCCGAAAGAAAGAUUCAAUCUUGUUCUUCUUCUUCUGUGAUUUCUUUUUAACAAAUGGCUGUUAAGGAGCGCUCGAGAGCCUCCUCUCAACGUCAAAACUGGCAGAACACAUUCAGCGGUUUGGUGCAGAUGAUACGGUAUCAACAAUCACAGCUCGAGACACUGGCCAAAGACCGACAACUCCUUGAAGAUCGCGUCCGAAUACAAAACGAGCGAUGGACCUAUGAUAUUCGUCUCUUGGAAGAUCAAAUCUCCCAGAUGAAGGGGGAUUUGGAAUUUCAAGAGUUGGCGGGCUCCCUUCAGGCGGCCAAGUUUGAGUUGGUCCUGGGAUUGAAGCAACGAGAGGGUUAUCUCACCAAACUCAAAUUAGAAUAUACGGACAGUGAGUUAGAAGGUUUCAAAGGAUGGUUUGACUUAUACAAUAAAUUCUCUGAUUUAAAGGGAGGAGGCGAAGAUGGGGAUAAAAGAAUUAGCAAUACAAAGUCUCCCAAAAAAAGCAAGCAAGAGAAACAGCGUUCUAAACAAUUGGAAGAUGACCUCCGGAGGUUAAAGCAGCAGUAUGAUAAGCUCGCUUCAGAAAAGAGCUCGGAGGUAUCCGCACUAUUGGCAGAGAAGAAGUUUGUGUGGAAUCAGUAUAAGAUUAUGGAAGAAAAUUACACCACUAAACUAAGGAGCAAGCAUUCUGAAGUUGAGCAGGCGGAGGCAAAUAUACAAAAUUUUCUUGCUCAUAUGGAGCACUUACAAUCCUCAAAUAAGGAAAAGGAUGGCAAGGUUGCAAUAUUAAUAAGUAAAAUUGCUAAGAUGGAGUCUGAUUCAAAUAAGUUGAAGGAAGAAGUUUCCAAACUUUCAACGGAGUUGGAUUUGUUAAGAAAGUCCACAAGUGCUUCCUCUACUCCUCUCUUGAACCAUUGCACGGCAGGAACUAGAACUUAUAGCUUGAGAGGCAACAAUAGUGCUAAGGAUAGAACCAAUGUAACUGUGAAGAAAGAUUCAUCUGCUGCACAACUUCCUGAUCCCAUAAAGGACACCAGAAAGGGGAGCAGCAUCUCAAAGAGAAAAAUAGACGAUGUUAUAACGAUUUCGGAGACUCCAAAGUUGUUCUCAUCCAGAUUUAAAGUACCGAAAUUGAAGAAUGCAUCACCGGGCAUAAGAUAACCCUCCCACACCAUUUUCCAGAGGGUAGAUUAUUGUCCCACUGGUAGUUUCUUGUGGAGAGUUGAGUUUUAUGUAAAUUAUGUGCCUAUUCUUUUAGUGCUAUCAUUCUAGCAAGUAGGUUUUGGAUCUGUCAUCUCUGGACAGUUAUCCUGUAACAUGAUUGUAGGUGCAUUUAUGUGUUAUCUAGCACAUUUUUUCUGUAAAUCUAAACGACAGUGUUUGACUUUGAUUGUAAAUCUUACGUUUCGGAU